AUGCCUAAAGUCAAGGCCUACGAACUCCAAUCCAAGUCCAAGAAUGACUUGUCCAAGCAACUUGUAGAGCUGAAAAACGAGCUCCUCACUCUGCGAGUGCAGAAGAUUGCUGGCGGUUCAGCAUCGAAGCUGACGAAGAUCUCUGCCGUCCGCAAGUCGAUCGCUCGGGUUUUGACCGUUAUGAACCAGAAGGCUCGCCAAAAUCUCCGCGAGUACUACAAGAACAAGAAAUACAUUCCCCUCGACCUGCGACCGAAGAAGACAAGGGCUAUCAGGCGGCGGCUGACGAAGAACGAAGCGUCGCUGAAGACGCUAAAGCAGCGCAAAAAGGACGCCAACUUCCCAAUCAGGAAAUACGCCGUCAAGGCCUAA